UAGCAAUAUAUUGCUACUAUAUCGGAUGGUUUUAUCGUCUCAUUUCCUUAGCUAUAAGUAGCACCAAUCUUCAUUCUAUAGCUUAUGGUUCUCCUUUAAACCUCAACUUAGUCUUUUCUAUCUGAAUCAUCCGCCUUGUGCCCAUAAUAUCCAACAUAAACAAAGAACAAAAGAGAGCACCAGAAAUGACUUCAUCCGCUUCAGAUAUGUUCUUCCCUGGAAACCAGAACCCAAAACUGCGUGAAGAUAUCAUCAAUCGCCUAGAGAAAACAAAUGUCAUAUCUCGCCAGCUUGUUCAAGUAUGGCAAAAAAUAAAAAUCACUGAACAAGGUUUUUUUGCCGAUCACGACCUCAAAACACUUGGUAUCCAGCUAUCAACUUUCGAUCUUGAAUCACCCACCCCAACCAAAGAUACCAGGUUCUACAAUCCUCUUUCAGAACUCCCAAAUAUUGACUGGGGCAAAGUGCAGUUUUCUGAAUGGACAGAAGGUUAUAUCGAGGAAUCACGUCGCAUUAAUAUUACCUUUCUAAGUCUCUCGAAUCGGCUUACAGAAGCCUGGCUCAGAAGCAACGACGAAACGCCUUUUGCCUACUGGAAGUACCUCAUAGAGAGGCCAGCUAUCGCGACAGGAGAACACACACCUGAUGUCCCCUAUGAAUGGCAAACACACAGUGAUGUCGGAGCAAAGUCUACCAAUCUUUCUCACUGUAUCUUUCGAAUUUCCAAUUAUACUGAGCCUGAGGAACAACUCUCCCGCGGCGAACUCAUAGCCAUUGUGACAUAUAUGAAGUGGAGAAUGGUACAGAUCAAACACAUCCAACACUACCUUUUCCCUUCUUGGUGAUUUCGAUAUUUCGGUCCAAAGCAAGGAUUAUCCAGGCAUAUCACAACGGGGAAUCCCUCUCCAUAUCUCAAAGCAAAUUUUAUGACUUCAAGGAAAAUAUCAGAAACAAUUAUGAACUAUUCAUAAAAUGGGUUUAUAGUGGACCCUGUGGAGAUACGAUGACUCCCCUCACAGGUGUGGGUGAAACACUGGACAAUGAUAUGAUUGAGCAGGUGGACA